AUGAAUAAAAAGCGAUUGCAAAACGGCCUAAGCUACAGUAUCAAGUUAAAGACAUUCCCUGGUGCUACAGCUGCUGAUAUGGCCCAUUACGUCAAACCGGCAUUAAUGGCAAAGCCGGAUGUUGUUAUACUACAUGUGGGUACCAACGACAUCAAGAACAACUCACCAGAAAAAGUGGUGCAAUCCAUCUGUAACCUUGGUAAAGGAAUCAGGAACCAGCAAAACAAAAUUGAUUUGAUCCUUUCAUCAAUCAUCACUCGGAAUGAUGAUCCAUCUCUGGCUACAAAGGUAACAAAAUGUAAUAAACUACUUAAUGAUUUAUGUACCGAGCAAAACUGGGGUCUAAUAGACAAUAGUAACAUUGAUAAAUACCAGCUAAAUAGCUAUGGUCUGCAUUUGAACACAAAGGGCUCAGCCUCCUUGGCAAAAAACAUAAAGAAUUACUUAAAGAAUAUCAAUUGA